AUGAGUCAGUACACCUUAGUCAAUGGAACCUAUUCUUAUAAUUGUCGUCAAGAAGAUAAUUUAUUCUACUAUCACCGUUAUUUCCUCGUUGGCCGUCCAGCAGCCAAUAUAGCCUUAGCAGUUGAAGCGUUUCUUCUAGCUUUGUUCUGGCUAUGCACAUGUCUUAUGCGUCGAGAAUUCACAAUAAUAUUUACUUCUAUCACAAUGCUGCCAAUGACAGUGAAAACUGGUCUGACAGCCUUUCAUACAGCUGUGAUUCAUGCUAUAGACUUUCCCAGUAUGAAGGUAGUCGAAGCUCUCCAUACUGCUGAGUCCAUUCUCGAAACAACGAUUUGUUUUACCUAUCUGACUGGUACAAUAUUUUUUACAUGCCUUGUGGUUCAUAUUUCUCGAGUAAAGAGAUCAUCACAAAAUAUUACCGUAAUCAGCAUCCUCUACAUCUCAGUACUACUAUUCAUCUGUGCAUUAGCAACUGUGGAUGUAUUUCCACUGAAUUUGUACAUUUUCGACUAUCCUAUUACGACUUUCUUAUUUUUUAUAUUGCUCAUAGGAUCAGGAUUGCUCGUGGUCCUUCUACUCUUUGCGAUCCUCGCUACGGGUAUUGCCGAAGCCUGUUACUGUAAGAAGAGGGCCAUUAUAAAUACAUGCGAUCCCGUAGUUUACAACUCUCUUUCAAGAAUGUUCUGGGCUAUUCCUCUUAUGAUUUCUUCAAUUAUCGCUGCUCUUAUUGAUUUUGCUGGGAAAAUAAGUCCCGAACCUUAUGUCUUCACUAUAGAGGCCGCGCUUCUUCCUUCCUGUAUCCUUUUGGCUCACUUUCUUCUUCUGCCUGCUUACAGGACUGCAAUUUUCUGCUGCUGCGCAAAUAAUCGCCUACAGAACAGGAUCAUACCCGUUCUGGUCCCACCUCCUAGGCCACCUUCGGCUCCAGUUCUAGUAGAUCACAGUUUGACUCCUGUCGUAAAGUGA